UCGGUCAAAAGUUUCGAAAAAUUUCGCGCUCCAAGCAGGCGGAUCCGCAGUAUCGGUGGUAUCGGUUCUUGAGUUCUCUAACCUUUUCUCACGCGCGACACACGCAGUAGUCUUGUCUGCAGUCGAUAGCGCUGUCGAUCCCGUUGUCGUUGUCAUGCUCGGUCAUCUGUUAUUCGCAUCCGGGACGCGAUCGGUCCCACUCAUAUCGUCGACGGGAUACGUGAGCGCGUGAACGGCCAAUUUGUUUUCCCUCGACUGCUCCUCCUCCUUCUACACCUUUCUGCACCCGAGACGGACGGAACGUCUGCUGCUCGGAGCCCGGGGGAUGAACGAUGAAGUAGUAUACUUCGUCCCUUCCUCCGAUCGUCCCCUCGCGCUCCGAAGAAACGAGAGAGGAAACCGCUCGGAGAGAAGUAAUUCGACGAAUCGACCGCGGAUACAUCUGCGCUUCGGCGAGAGGAAACGGAAAGAUAUAAAAUUGUGGGGGACGUGGAGUAAGGGAAUGUAGGAGGUGCAAUUGAGAGGCUGUCGCGCUCUCGUUGGUGGCAGUCAGGCGGAAUACAGUCAUCUAGUACUAGCCGUCAGCUCGUCGCUCGCGGCGCGCAAAUGUCAGGCGGCUCGUGACGGCUCCGGGUGAUGCGGAGUAGUAGGAGUAUGUGACCGGGCGCAGCCUCUCGGACAGCGGAAACGUGUGAAUUCUCUAGGACAGCGACAGCGGAAUCGCGGACGAUGGAGAAUCACCAGGUGAGAGCACUGUACGACUUCACAGGCGAGGCGGGGACAGCCGAGCUGUCAAUCACCGCCGGCGAGCUCCUGACUGUCAUACGGGACAACGUGGGAGAUGGCUGGUGCGAGGGAUUUAAUCAGAGCGGGCAGUCGGGAUUGUUCCCGGCAGCGUACGUCCAAGUGGUCGACGAGCAAGCUGCGCCCUCCUCCAAUACCAUGACGUCUUCCCAACAAAGCUCGGGAGAUUAUUGGGACGACGACUGGGACGACGAUUCCGAAGUUGGACAGACGCAAGCUUAUGUUCCACCCACGCAACAGCAACAGCCACAGACUAUAUCGCUACAGCAAAACAACGACUAUGGCGAUCAAGUGUCGAUGCAUACUAUUCAUUCUGUGAUACCGGAAAAACCUAUACCCAACGUACCAAAGAAAAACAAUAAGUUUUCCACAUUAAUCAAGUCGGGAGAGGAUAGCUUUCUGCUGGGGGUCAGAAUGGUAACUGUGCCUGACAGCGAGAAAAUCUUUAUAGAGGAGGGAGAGGGCGGUCGGUGCACGUGGCUGCCGACUGGGGAAUCCUACAAUUGCGUCGUUACGUCGCCCAAGAAAGAGUCUAAACUGAAGGGUCUCAAAAGUUUUAUUGUUUACCAGCUAACUCCUACGUUCAAUAAUAUACAAGUCUCGAGGAGAUACAAACACUUCGAUUGGCUACAUGAACGCUUAGAAGAAAAGUACUGCUUCAUCCCGAUUCCGCCUUUGCCCGAUAAGCAGAUAUCUGGGCGCUACGAGGACGCAUUUAUCGAGCACCGACGUACGCAGCUACAGGAGUUUGUCGACUACGUUUGUCGACAUCCUGUGCUGUCGCGCAGUCGUGUUUGGCAGCACUUUAUCACCUGCACGGAUGAGAAGCGAUGGAAGGCGGGUAAACGGCAGGCAGAAAAGGACGAGUUGCUAGGGGUGAAUUACUUCAAUGCUAUUCAGUGUCCGGACACGCCACUGGAUGUCAUCAAGAUGGAGAUUCAGACGGAUGCCUUCGGUAGAUUUAUCAGCGGUCUCGAUCCGGUGGUGAAGAACUUUAUGGCCAUGGCGGUCGAUCAGGCGAAGAAGAAUCAGGUGUUGUACAAGAGGGAGUUUCAGAAGAUCAGUCAGUCGUUCACAUCGCUCAGCCACGCGCUGGAGGCGGACGAUAACGGUCGCGGUAGGCUGACGCGCGCGCUGAAAGCUACCGGCGACGCUUACAACGACAUCGGCAAACUGUACGAGGAACAGCCGAAGUUCGAUUGGGAGCCAUUAUCUGACAAAUUCCAUAUUUAUCGCGGUAUUAUUAGCAGUUUCCCCGACGUCACUAGUAUUCACAAGAGCGCCAUGCAAAAACGAAGAGACUGUGAGCGAAUGGUCAGCGAGCACAAAAUGGAGCCACAGCAAUUACGUGACCUCUCCCAUCGGACCGACUUGAUAGCUCGCGCCCUGAUCGCCGAGGAAACCCAUUUUCAAACGGAACGGGAGGUACACAUACACAAGGCCGUAAGGACGCAUCUCACGGAACAGAUUGCCUUCUACCAAAAGAUAGUCGAUAAACUGCGGGAAGCGUUAAAUACGUUCAACGAAUGAUACUCGUAAUUGCCACGAUCUGCCUAAGUAACAUAAUCCGGUCGCUUUAAAGCCGACGCCGAUGCUAACAGAAAGAUGUCUCGACAAAAUGCAUACAAUUUUGCAUGAAAUAUGUACAUACAUUAGAUACCGUUUUGCUUGGGUCAGCAAAGUCGGAGUUGAAUAAUUAUAAAAUUAGACAGCAUUGAUAUCAAAAAUGGCUGUCUGUGGCUGUCAAAUAAUUGUGAAGUGAUAAAGUGAGGUGAUCAUGUUGAGAUUUGGUAUACGUUUGGAAUUGAUGUAAAUCACGCAAUUAUCAUUGGAUAUAUUAUAAGAAAUUGUAAUUAUAUAUUUUACAUUGAUAUUAAUUUUAAUAUCAUAUCAAUUUACUACAUCUCCGAAAUUAAAUCGUCUAUCGCAAUAUUUGGAUUUUAUCUAAAUAAUUUCUCACGAUAGAUUCUCAAAGGAGCGUGAUAUCGUACUGCCGUUAAAUUAUCACGUGUUGUACAAAUUUGAAUUUUACAUGACUCGGCUUUAUUAUAAUGUUCAAUCAAGAAAAAUAUCGUGUAUUGUAACGUAAAUUAUUAUUAUGAAUAUAAUAAUACUGUGUAAUUAGAAAUUCGUAUCCGAAUGUUAUGCAACAUUAAAAAUUGAAUUGUUUUGUCCAUUCAUUGCGUAUGAAGCAGUUGAAAGGUAACUGCACACGAGAUCGCUCACAAUUCUGUAAUAGCACACGUAUUAUUUUUAAAUAAAAUAAUUGAAAUCAAAGAAGUAAUUAUAAAACUCUCACUUUUUAUACGAAAUAUUUUAGCUGUAAUUUGUAAAGAUCAGAAUUUUUUAAUGAGCAGCUAAGUAUAUAUAAUGUAUUAAAAUUCUGCUUUGUAAGAUUUUUAAUGUUUAUUAUACUUAAUAUUCAUUAUUUUCUUCCACAGAAUGCAAAAAUUAUUCUGUAGCAGAGAAUUAAAUUGUUUGUCGCAUAUAAAUGAGAAGCGAGUGAUACAUUAACUGUCUGAUGGGUUCGGGGAGACGCUAUUAGCGCUAAAAGUAUCAUUCUAUUCUUGUUGUUCAGUGAAUGUCGAAGAAAGAUAGAGCACGCUCACAGCGUCAAAAGCAUGCUCUCCAAACCCAUUAUCUGCACGUAAUGUUUUUUAUAUGAUGUUCCAAAGGCAGCCAUUUUACAUAUACGUUUAACGAAACGUAUUAUUAUUUAUGUGAUUGUAACACGAAAUUCUACAUUUUUUGAUAAAAAGUACGGUUAUAAAGAAAAAAAUAACAAAUAAGUCACGCUACAUUCUUGUUAUCGCAUUUAAAUAAAUGUACAAAUAACAGAGCUUAUAUGUAUGAACAUAGACACCACACACAUACCAAUUUUUAUAAACAAUAUUAUAAGCGAGAAAAUAACCGCGUUUCUUCUUUUGGAAAGGAAUUCUAAUAAAUGGCUAUUGAGUCAAGAAUUAAAUAUCAUUUAUUUUUUAUCACAUUGUCAAUCAAUUACCAUAUAAACAAUGUUCGUACCAUUUCCUAUCGUUUGCCACAUGCCUUCCUAAAUUGAAUUCAAUUUCAUUAAUAAAAUAUUUAUUAGCGAGAACUUAUCUUCUUUAAAUUUAAAUUCUGUGAUUAACGCGGUGUAUAAAUGUAAGAGAGCCAGCAGAAAUUCAGAGAUCUCGAAAUUGUCGAAAGGAAAAAAA